CAGCUGAGGCUGGCACAAGUGCGUGGGAAGCUCCCAGAGUUUGUGCCUGGAAUCCCACAGCUGAUCCCGGUGCUGUUCCCACAGGUGGUGUUCGGGCGCAAGCUCCCAUCCUUCUCCUCCAUAGCCCUGCAGCAGCUGCAGCAUGAGAAGAAAUACGACAUUUACUUCAUGGAUGCGGAGGUUUAUGCGCUGUACAGGAAGCUGCUGCAGCACGAGUGCUCCUUGUGCCCGGAUGCAAAGCCUUUCAACACCUUUGCAGAUCUGGAACAGCACAUGAGGAAGCAGCACGAGCUCUUCUGCUGCAAGCUCUGUGUUAAACACUUAAAGAUCUUCACCUACGAGAGGAAAUGGUAUUCCAGGAAGGACCUGGCCCGGCACAGGAUCCACGGGGACCCCGAUGACACCUCCCACCGGGGCCACCCCCUCUGCAAGUUCUGUGACGAGCGCUACCUGGACAACGACGAGCUGCUGAAACACCUGCGCAGGGAUCACUACUUCUGCCACUUCUGUGACUCUGAGGGGGCUCAGGAGUACUACAGUGACUACGAAUACCUGCGGGAGCACUUCAGGGAGAAGCACUUCCUGUGCGAGGAGGGCCGCUGCAGCUCGGAGCAGUUCACGCACGCCUUCCGCACCGAGAUCGACUACAAGGCCCACAAGAGCGCCUGCCACAGCAAGAGCCGCGCCGAGGCGCGCCAGAACCGCCACAUCGACCUGCAGUUCACCUACACCCCCCGGCACCCGCGCAGGACCGAGGGUGUUGUAGGUGCUGAGGACUACGAGGAGGUUGACAGGUUCAACAGGCAAGGGAGGGCAGGCAGGUUGAGCAGCCGAGGGAACCAGCAGAACAGGAGAGGCAGCUGGAGGUACAAGAGGGAAGAAGAGGACAGGGAUGUUGCAGCAGCAGUCAGGGCAUCUGUGGCAGCCAAACGGCAGGAAGAGAAGAAGAGGGUGGAGGACAAAGAGGAAGGCAGCAGCAGCAGGGGGAGAAAGGAGGAUUUGAGGGAUCCUGACAUGCUCGGCUCCAAACGUGUGCCAAAGUCUUCAAAUGAUGUCACAGAAGCAGCUGCUAACGGAGCGCUCAGCCACGAUGACUUUCCAGCAAUCGGCUCUGCAGCAGGACCGCUCCAAGGCUCUGCCCAGCCAGCAGUGGUUAAACUGAAAGAAGAGGAUUUCCCAAGCUUGUCCUCCUCUGCAGCUCCCACCAUCUCAUCAGGGAUGUCUCUGACAUACACGGCGACUGCCAGGAAAGCGGCCUUCCAGGAGGAGGAUUUCCCAGCCCUGGUGUCCAAAGUGAAGCCCACCAAUAAGACAGUAACUCACAUCACAUCUGCGUGGAACAAUGGUUCCAGUAAAAACGUGGUCAAAGCCAUGAGCAACCCCUGUGUCAACCAGCCAGCCAAAAAACCGUCCUUGAACACCUCCAAAGGAAGUAAGAAGAGCAAUAAACUCUGUGAGUCGGACGAGGAGGACGGCGGUGGGGGCCUGACCACUCAGGAGAUCCGCAACACCCCGACCAUGUUUGACGUCUCGUCCUUGCUGGCAGCUUCUACCUCACAAACUUUUACGAAAGUGGGCAAGAAAAAGAAGAUGGGGGUUGAGAAGCAGAGCCUGUCAUCCUCACACCCAUCCCAGGAGACACCAUUGCCCAGGCCAGCGCCAGAGAAGCUCCCAGAGGCAGAGCAGCCCUGCAGGGCGUUCCCUGCUGCUCACGGCCCCGACAGAGCCACGGCUGUCCUCAACGGGCACUCGGAGAAAACAUCAGCUGGCUGUGCUACACCCAAAGAGCCCCCCGGCCUUAAAAAGCCCCCAGUGACUAACAAAUGCCCUUUACCUCAGGAAGACUUCCCAGCUCUUGGGAGCUCAGGAUCAGCCAGGAUGCCCCCUCCACCAGGCUUUAACUCCGUGGUGCUGUUGAAGAACCCUCCUCUGCCUCCGGGCCUGUCGGUGCCUGUCAGCAAACCCCCCCCGGGCUUCGCUGUCAUCCCAUCCUCCACCAUCUCUGAACCCGUCACUACAGCUCUGAAAGAGCCAAAAUCCUGUCACGGAUCAUACUUGAUACCUGAGAACUUCCAGCAGAGGAACAUCCAGCUCAUACAGUCCAUUAAAGAAUUUCUUCAGAGUGACGAGUCCAAGUUCAAUAAAUUUAAAACUCAUUCUGGGCAGUUCAGGCAGGGGCUGAUCUCUGCAGCUCAGUAUUACAAAAGCUGCCGGGAACUGCUGGGGGAAAACUUCAAGAAGAUUUUCAAGGAGUUGUUGGUGUUGCUGCCAGACACAGCCAAGCAGCAGGAACUGCUCUCUGCUCACAACGACUUCAGGAUCAAGGAGAAACAAAGCUCCAACAAACCCAAAAAGAACAAAAAGAAUGUUUGGCAGACGGACUCCCCCGCCGAGCUCGACUGCUACAUCUGCCCCACGUGCAGGCAGGUGCUGACCCAGCAGGACGUGGUCACCCACAAAGCUUUGCAUAUCGAGGAUGAGGAGUUCCCCUCGCUGCAGGCAAUCAGCAGGAUCAUCAGUUAGCUCUCCCCAGGGCCACCACCCAGGCUCUGGCUGUGGAUUGCACUUUGGAAUGAGGUUUGGCAGUAGCUGGGGGCCGGUGCCCUUGAGGCAGUGAGGAGGAGGAGGUGACUUGGGAAGCCCUCCUGGGCAAAGGGAUCAGGGGAAUGUGCCAGAGCUCGUCCCCACCCGCUGUCUGAGCUCCCAAAUCCAGCCUGGGGUCAGGCUGAGCUGCAGGCAGGGCUCCUUCCUCCUGGAACAUGCAAUAGCUGGGAAUCCUUUGGGAUCUGCAGAAUGACAGGGGACACAAUAGGGGAAUAAGCUUCUGGUUUGGGGGUUUCUUUCUGGUUUGGGGGUGGGGAAAGUUUAUGGAUCACUGAAAUGAAUGGAAGUGGCUUCCCUUAUAACAUUCUGGUUUUUUUUGUGCUAUUUCAGUGAAGGUCACACUAGUCAGGGGUAAAAGGUGCAAGAGGGUGCUGCUCACUGGGGUGUGUGACCAGGAGAGCUGCAAGCACUGGGCUGCAGAGUUUUCCUUUCUGCAAACAGAGUCAAUUCUGCUGCUUGAAGAAUUGGGCUGAUCUGUGCAAGAUUUGAAGUUGCCUCUGACUUUUUUCUGUAAAGUUCUUUCAAGAAACUGAUUUUGUAGCCCUGCAUGUACAGUAAACAGCAUUAAGGCUUUACUCUCCGUAAAGCACAUGGGAAUUUUAUUUAAUGACUGCCAUGUUUCUAAUUUCAUGGAUGUAUUACUGGUGGGAGCUCCCAACAGCAUCCUGGGACAUUAAAUGCUGCUGAUCACUGACCAUGUUUUCUGCAGUGCCUUUAAGUGCAUUUAUCUGUUUACAGUGGUCUGACACCUGCACCUCCCUCGGUAACACCGGGCUGACGUAGCUUUGCUCCUGCUCUUGGCAUUCCCAAAUUCCACCUCAGAGGAAGGGGGGGAAUCUCUUCCUGCUCUGAAGUGACUCCUCCAGCUGCAGCUCUGAGGUGAUGGAGUGCCAGGAGUCCCCCUGUGGCUGUAGUUCAGUGUCUGAUUCUCUCCCAUCUCCAGGUUUAGUUAUUUCUCUAACAUGUAGGAAUAAAGCUGAAAUUAAUUUAUGUAAUUUGUAGUGAUGAAACACAGCUUUUCUAGCAGCAUCAUUUCUAUGAAAUCGAGCUCAGAGUGUUACCCAGGAGCUACUCCUGCUACAGCCACUCUUCCUUGCCUUACAUGUGUUACUUUUGCUUGCUCUCAGGCUGCAGAGUGCUUUGGGUUUCUUUUCUUGAAUAUUUCAGACUGUUCUGACCACCUGCCCAUGUUGGAUUUGGCCCAGAAGGGGCUGGGGAGGGUGAUUUGGCUGCAUGGUUGUUCAUCCACUGCACGAGUUCCUGGCAGUCCCUGUUCCUGCCUCGCUCAGGGUCCUGGAGCUGAUCCUGGUCCCAAGGCAGGGACCCCUGAGGGUGCUGCCACCACUUCCAGUCAGCAACUCUCCCCAUCCCUUUGGUUUGUGAAGUUGAGAGAGUGAAAUGUCUUCCCUGCAGGAGCAUCUUCUGUCUUCCCUUGGGUUUCAGUUCCUUCUCCAUCAGCAGCUCUGAGUUCCCUGGGAGGUGCUGCUGGGAGUUCCCUCGAGCUGCUGCAUCUCUGGGGCCUGAUGUUGCAGUCUCCUCCUUCCUUGUGCUCACCUGAUUCAAUAAAGUUAUUACCAAAUCUUUUUUUUUUUUUCUAUUCAUUUUUAGCUCUUUAUUGAAAAUAAGUUGCAGUUGCUUACACAGACACCGAAAAUACAGAAUCACAGAUUGUUCUCUCAAAAGAUAUUUUUAUAUAUAUAAUAUAUACAAAAUUGUAAACAUUUUAAACUUAUUUCCAUACACAGUCCACUUUAUACUACACUGCACAGAGGUUGGUGACAACUGCAACUCCUGGAAGCGUCUGCUUGGACAGAGGUAUCUGCAAAGAAACUGCACUUCCCAACCCUCAGGUGGGAGCUGUUGGAGAUUAAAACUCUUAAAGGAGCUGAGGUUUGAAUGUGUAUUGCAACAAAAUCCAGGCAGCUGAACUGGGGGGGUUCAAGUUGAGGCAGUGAGGGCUGGGUCUGAGCCUCACGGAGGGGGGAGAGGGGCUGGUGACACACAGAGGGGGAAAAUGCAACUGAGAAGGGGACCAGAGGGGACCAGAGGCACCCCCCUGGGGACAGCACAGGCUGGGAGGGGUCUGUAAAAUACACAGCAGUUUUUACUGAGAGAAACAGCCACGGCAUGGGAUGAUGAUGAUGAUGGGAUUUCCUAAGGAACAGCCCAUGGCAGAGAGGGCAGCAGGCAGAGCCAGGAGCCAGCCCUGUGCCCUUGGGGGCUGGCACUGGGAGGGAAGGUACCAAAGAGCCCUGUAAGGGACUGGGGGACAGGAGAAAAGAAAUGCUGUGGGUGUCACUCGUGGCAUCAUCUGAUGGGAAUCUCAUCCCAAUGCCCAGGAGCAGUGAGAUCCCAAAUGAUGCCCUGUCAAGGGAGGGGGUUUGCUCUCAGGGUUUGCUGCAGCCCCUGACACACAGCAGGUAAUGCAGGGGGAAGGAUAUAUUUUACUAAACAUCAAUUAAGCAAAGCUUCAACCUUUGCUAGGAAUAGCUUGAAAUGUUGGCAAAAAUUCCAAAUCUUUUAAUGUACUUGAAUUGCACAGUGCAUGAUGUGGUGACCUCAGUGCUGAGAAACAGAGGUGGUGUGACACCAGCCUCUUGCCUCCCAGAGCAAGAGGCUGGAGCAAAAUGCAGCUCCAGGAAAGGCAGAAUGAUGGAAUUCUAUGUUUUACACCCAAAUUUAGUGCUAACACCGUGCAGAAGCUUUUGGGCUGGGCUGAGCACAGCAAGGUCCUGCCCUCUGUGAGCUCGAGGUGCUGCCGACCUCAGGGGAGAACAGAGGGGUAGAAACAGCUUGUGAGGAUGGCAGAGCCCUGUCACACUCAGGACAAUCCUGGCAUGGCUUUGGGACAAUUUUGGGACAGCCCUGGCAUCCUUUUAGGACAUGGUUGCAAGGGAGUGAGUGCUGUUGUAGCACAGCUGAGAAAAAGAGGA